AUGGAUCAACGAGAUGGUGUUGACGCUAUAGAAGAUAGAGGAGAUGCUGACCAAUUGAGUGGAGAGGAGACUGAAAAUGAAGAAGACGGAGAAGACAUGGAUGGAAUUCUCCGAAGGUUGAUGGAAAUUCGUGACCGCUGUCACCUCAAUGCCAAGGAGAACAUUGCUGCUGCACAGCAAAAACAGAAGCAGCAGUAUGACAACAAGCAUAACUCUUUGAAGCCUGAUGCACCCUCUCAAAAGCCUGACCUACCCUCUCAAAAGCCUGAUAUACCCUCUCAAAAGCCUGAUGCACCCUUUCAAAAGCCUGACCUACCCUCUCAAAAGCCUGAUGUACCCUCUCAAAAGCCUGAUGUACCCUCUCAAAAACCUGACCUACCCUCUCAAAAGCCUGACCUACCCUCUCAAAAGCAAGAUAAGCGUGAUAAGCGUCCUCUUGACACAAAAGAUCCUUGCAAGUCACCUCCUAGGAAGAAACAAAAGAGUCAGGGAACGAUGUGGCUGAAGACCCUAGAUCUAAACCUCUUUGACAAACAAGUGUUGAGUGCAAUAGGUGGUAUGCUCUCCGACAAGCAUAUGCGUGCAGCCCACCAGUUAUUAUCGAUGCAAUUCCUUAAGUUUGAAGGCUGCUAUAAUACUCUCUUGGCCCAAUUAAAGGCAUUUCCACCAGUUUCCAAUAAUCAAGGCCCAGCUGUGCAAAUCUUCUUUGUUGAAGAACGACAGCACUGGAUUGCCACUUCUCUGUUUAAGGGUGAACUGUAUUUAUACGACAGCUGCUUCAAUGGAACGCUUUCCCCAAGUACUGAGCUCCAGAUAGCACAAGUGUAUAGCCCAUUAAUUCAAUGCAAUGGGCUGUUGAUUUCUGUGGUGGCUCUCCAGCAGCAAGAGGGUGCUAACAACUGCGGACUAUUUAGCAUUGCUGCUGCAUAUCACGCUGCUAUGAACGAUAAUGUGGAUUCUCUAGUGUUUGAUGAGGCCAAAAUGAGAGCACAUCUCAUUAAGUGCUUUGAGAAGGGCAAACUCUCACGGUUCCCUCGCACAAAGAAAGCGAUGCCCAAAAGACCAACACCACAAACCAUUGCCAUUACAAUAUACUGCAUGUGCAAGAGACCGGACUCUUUUGAGGAUAUGGUCAUGUGUGACAAAUGUAGUGAGUGGUAUCACUAUCGCUGUGCCAAAAUUCGCAAAGAACCAGUAGGUAAUUGGUUUUGUUCUGGUUGCAUCACUUUAUGAUUUGUGCACUUUUGGUUAUAUUUAUUGUACUUCUUUCUCUUG